AUGGCCAUCCAAAGCUCCUGGGUCCCGAGACUCAAGUCGGUCAAGUUUGAGUUCGAUUCACAGCAAGGGAUACCUGUCGACGAGUCUGGAAGUGACGCCCAACACGUGGUCAUCGAGAGCCCAUUUGCCUUCGACAUACCGGGUCUUCCCAAAUCCUUUUCAGUACAGCCACAUCAGUUCAACGGCUCUCGCGAGCCUGGAUGUGGCAACAACCCGCGUGCAGAUGAGAGCAGCUAUGCUGAUCAAGACGAAACCCCAACGUCAAGACGACAGAAUGUGGGCAUCAGGAAAGGUCGGCAACAUGGCACGCCUCCUGCACCAUUGCAACGCCCACGGAAUGAAUGUGUCAACAAGAAACCGUACUGUCGACUUGAUGGAGGAAGUUGCGAUAUCAGCGCAUCGCCAUUGCUGACGCACAAUGACCUCGUCACAUUGGUCUCGGCCGCAUGGGCAUUGGUGGUCUCUCAUCAGCAGGAUAGCCUCAAUGUGGCACUCAGCUUGUGCGUUUCAAGCUCUCAGCCCAUGCCAUGUUCCAUCCAACUGUUGGUGGACCGUCAAAGAUGCAUCUCAGACGUCCGCAGAGACCUUGUUGCGUCCAUCAGGCAACUGAGAUUUCAGAAUCAUGACACCGACCUCGGUCCAUCUCAUGACAAGGACGAUAGCCGGCCGUCCGGUUUCCCCGCGUCGGCAAUCGAUUUCCGAAGCGCAGCCUCACCAUCCUCGGGAAUACUACUCAGAGAGUACCCAUUGAUUCUGAAGUGUUCGGCCGACGAAACAGGAACCGAGCUCGCGCUGUCAGCAUGCUUUGACGACAGCAUCCUUCAAAGUGCCUUGGUGCGGCAUCUCUUGAGCAGUCUUGAGCACAUUGUGUGGCAGAUGUCGGAACCUAACACAGCCAACCUACGGCUGGUGGAUUUGGAGAUAGUUGGGCCCGUUACUCAGCGCGCCAUGACUCGUCUGAACCGUCCAAUGCAACCAAAGCUGGACGCUCUCCUGCACCGCAUCAUUGCCAGCCAUGCUGCAGCGCAUCGAGAUGCUCCCGCUGUCGACGCUUGGGACGGCAUGCUGACAUACGCCGAGCUCGAUUCGGAGAGCAGUCAUCUCGCGGAUUAUCUUGUCCAACUGGGAGUUGGCCCCGAAGUCUUUGUGCCCAUCAUCUUCGAGAAGUCGAAACUUGCCAUUGUCUCCAUGCUCGCCGUUGCCAAAGCGGGAGGUGCCAUUGUGCCUUUGGAUUCUAGAGCGCCCCUCUCACGCCUCCAUGCCAUGGUUGCUGAUGUCAAGGCUCCUCUCGCCAUCUCCUCAGCACUGAAUCAAGGCAAACUCGCGCCUGUCGUUCGCGAAGUCGUCUUGAAUGAAAGGCUGCUUUCUCGCCUCGCAUCAAAACCUCCAGGACAUUUCGAUACUUUGCCGAACACGGUCAAUGCCGAUAAUGCGCUGUAUGUCAUGUUCACGAGCGGAUCGACAGGCAAGCCCAAGGGUGUUGUGGUCAGUCACGCCAGCUUUUGCUCCUCUUCUGCCGGCCUGCUCGACCCGCUCUACUUGUCGACUCCUAAUCGUCGCUCUCUUCAUUUUGCAUCGCCUGCAUUUGAUGCCUCCGUCAUGGAGAUCUUCAUGACACUAAUGGCCGGUGGUUGCAUCUGCAUCCCUUCAGAAUCCGACCGCUUGGACAAUAUUGCAAAGUGCAUGGUCGAACUCAACGUCAACUGGGCCUUCCUGACGCCAACAGUUGCCAAACUCAUUCGUCCCGAGGAUGUGCCUCAACUUGAAGUCCUAUGCUGUGGGGGCGAGGCCUUGUCGAGGGAUGUGGUCGAUAUCUGGGCAGAUCACGCAAAGUUGGUGAAUGUGUAUGGUCCAACGGAGGCCUCCGUUGCCGCCGUUACCAGCGACCCAAUCUCCAGAGGCCGCCAGGAAAUCCCGCUCGGCAGACCCCGAAACUGCGCUGUCUGGAUUUUGAACGAGCAAGGCGAUCGGAUCCAACCAUUCAAUACCGUUGGCGAGAUCGUCAUCGAAGGACCGGGAGUCGCCAGAGGCUAUCUUGGAAACGAGGCCAAGACGGCCGCAGUCUUCGGCGAUAAUGCCAGUUUUCUCCAGAUGAUUGCCGGAGGAUCAUCGCGGUUUUACAAGACUGGCGAUCUCGGAAGAAUGAAUCUCGACGGAACCCUGGAGUUCCUCGGUCGCAAAGACAGCCAGGUGAAAAUCAACGGACAACGGAUCGAGUUGGGAGAAAUCGAACAGCAGGCCAAGGCUGUGCUUGGAGAACAUGGCAAGGGCUUCGAGUUUGAUCUCGUUGUUGAACCCAUACAACCUUCCAACAGAGGCACGACGGUGAUCGCGGCUUUCGUCGGAACGGCAGAAGUUGCCACGAAAGAGGUCAUCCUCGACAGACAGCAUCCAGCAAGCCUUCGUAUUCUUGCGAGGACAAUGGAUAUAAAAGAGAAGAUGACAAGCGUCGUCCCAGAGUACAUGAUUCCCAGUGUGGUGUUCCCCUGUGGAGCUCUCCCGCGAACAACUUCUGGAAAGACGGAUCGUAAGGCGCUGCGACAAGCUGGCAAUUCUCUGUCAAUAAGCGAGCUAAGGAGCUUUCAGACUCUAACCAGCAACUCGACGGAUCUUGUCAAAGAUUUCAAAGUCAACCAUACUUCAAAGACCCCGAGCUCGGUGUCAUCAUACACCACGGACGAUGGUCAAGACGGCACAGGCACCCCGUCCACAAGCGCGGAGAGUGCGGAAUGCUCAUCUCACUCCACUUGUUUGACGGCCGAUGAGCGAUUGCUCCGCAAAGUCUGGGCCGAUGUUCUCGAGCUCCCCGAGAGCACGAUUCUGUUGCAUGACGAGUUCUUUAAGCUUGGAGGUGAUUCUAUCGGUCUCAUCAAAGUCGUGGCUGCCUGCCGUGGAGCCGGUGUUCACGUUUCCGUGGCCUCCAUCGCGGCCAGUGCCAUUUUGCGGGAUAUGGCAACGGUGCUCCAAAAGUCCCGCAGCGAUGAGAAUUCAACAACCGUGGAGAAAAUAGAGCCUUUCAGUCUUGUCGAAGGCACGAUUUCGCUGCUGCGACAAGAGGUGGCCUUUCAGUGCAGCGUUGAACCGGCUAUGGUCGAGGAUAUCUACCCCUGCACGCAGAUGCAGGAGGACAUGGUGAUCGCGAAUACGAUCCACGCCGGAGUUUGCGUGGGCAGGUUCAUCCACAAAUUGCCGUCGAAUGUCGAUAUUGCGAGAUUAAAGAAAACCUGGGUCGCGGUUUGGAAAGGUUCAUCGAUCCUGCGAACAAGAUUUGCAAGAACCACAACGGCUGGAUCUAUCCAAGUUGUCAUCAAGGAGGAGAUGCCAUGGUCCGUAUCACAAGAUCUGAAGGCGUACCUUAGAGAUGAUCAAGCUGAGCCCAUGCACCCUGGAUCGCCAUUUAACAGGUUUGCUGUGGCUGUUGACAACGACAAGACGAUGUAUUUUGUCUGGACCAUGCAUCACAUGCUAUAUGAUGCAUGGUCGGUCCAGCUUAUUUGCAAUCGUGUCAAUACCCUGUACCAAGGGAAUCCCGUGGAGCCAGUGGCCGAUUUCCGCACAUUUAUUGCACAUACACGCAACUUGGAUCAAGGCCGCACCACAAGAUACUGGAGGGAAACGAUGGACGGCGUCGCCCCGUCUACCUUUCCAGCUCCGGCAAACCUCGAGCACACAUCUCUGGCUCGAGCCAGCAUCAAGGACCAUCUUGACCUUCCUACGAGAUGCGAGCUGCUGCAGACUUCGGGACUGACCAUGUCGACCAUUGUACAAGCUGCAUGGGCCAUCAUGAUCGGUCGUUACUCCAAGACAGACGAUGUCCUCUUUGGCGCCACAAUUUCUGGACGCAACGCUUCCGUCGGAUGCAUAGAAAAUAUGGAUGGACCGACGCUCGCCACAGUGCCGAUUCGACUCAAGCUGGCGGCAGAGACACGAGCGACAGACUUUCUCCACAAGGUUCAGGACUACUUGACUGGCCUGAUUCCAUACGAGCAGACGGGUCUCAAAGCCAUCAGGGCCAUCAAUGAGCAUACGAAGAGAGGCUGUGACUUUCAGAAUAUGCUCGUGAUCCAAUCUGAAGCUGUGUGGAGUGAGCAGGCCUCGCCACUCGGAAAACCUGCGCACCGAGGAGAAGAUGCCACGGUGCCUCUCCUGUGCCAGGUCUGGCUGGGUCUGGAGCAGAUGGAGCUCGACGUUGUAUUCGAUGACUCGGUGGUAGGCCGUGAAGUUGUGGUUGACGCCAUGUCCAUGUUCAAAGAGGCAAUUGGUCAAUUGCUGCAGCUCUCCGAGUCAUCCUCUACUCGACUGGCGGACCUGGAGCUUGCCAAACGUUUCAGCCAGGCUGCGGUAUGCGCAUCAGAGUUUGGAGGCGUUGAAGUUGACGAGGCUGUGGUCGCUGUUGAAGCCACCAUUCAUGAUCUCAUCGCCACCAUUACCCGACAGCAAGGUCCAGAAGAAGCGCUCUGUUCUUCGGAGAUGUCCCUGUCAUACGAUGCCCUGAACAGGCUGUCGACACGUCUAGCAGCACACUUGAUAUCCCUCGGGGUCGGAAAGGGGGAAAUAGUGCCUCUUUGCUUCGAGAAGUCGGUAUGGACCGUCGUUUCGAUGCUUGCAACUCUGAAAUCCGGGGCUGCGUUCGUUCUGCUUGACCCAACCCAACCGUUGCAGAGGCUGCAAGAUCUGCUAGCUCAAGUGGAGCCACAUUACAUUCUGACGUCUUGCCUCCAGGAUAAGAAAAGGGAGUUCGGUAUGUCCUUAAGACGUGUCGUUGUGGACGGCACAUUCAUUGGCAAUCUUCCGGAGACGCCAUCAAACCAGCUACCUCGCGUGUCUCCCAGCGAUCUAGCGUAUAUGAUAUUCACCAGCGGUUCGACGGGCCAACCGAAAGGUGUCAUGAUCAGUCAUUCAGCGUUGGCAUCCAGUGCUGCGGCAUAUGGUGAAGCCCUGAAGCUUGUGCCACGGAAACGCGUGCUGCAAUUCUCUUCAUACACCUUCGAUGCCAGCCUCAACGAGACGCUCGUCGUCCUGCUUCGUGGUGGAACGAUCUGUGUUGCGGGUGACGAGGAACGAAUGGAAGACCUAUCUGGUUUCAUGAGGCGAGCCAAGGUCGACUGGGCGAUCCUCACACCUUCGGUCGCCAGACUCCUUUCACCGAUCGACGUUCAAUGCUUGGAAACACUGGAUCUCGGCGGAGAGGCGCCAGACACUGUUCUUUUGUCGAAAUGGCAUCAGAGUGGUGUGCGGGUAUUCAACGUUUAUGGACCCGCAGAAGGCGCAGGGACGGUCCUCUGCCAAAGGUAUAGCGAAGGUCUUGAUCCGCGAACCGUCGGUUUUCCGAUGGGUUGUCAAGCUUGGCUUGUGGAUGCGGAUGACCACGAUCGAAUUGUCCCCGAUGGAGAAACAGGCGAACUCUUGCUUGAGGGACCAAUACUGGCCAGUGGAUAUUUCAAAGAUCAACGCAAGACAGAUCUGUCGUUUAUCACAGAUCCGAAAUGGGCGAAACCGUUGCGAAACUCCCCCAGUCCGAGACGAAUGUACAAGACUGGGGAUCUGUGCUUCCGAAACAGCAGUGGAGCAAUAAUCUAUGUCGGGCGAAAGGAUUUGCAGGUCAAGCUCCAUGGACAACGGGUUGAACUUGGCGAUAUCGAAAGCCAUGUUGCAACCUGCAACGGUAUCGCUGGAUGCGCCAUUUUCUAUCCAGUGGAUGGUCCCUUCAAGAAGCAAUUAACUGCUGUGGUCGAGUUGUCGAUAGAGUGCAUGGAUAGCGAGUCGAUUAGAUCUCGGAUGGAAACGGAGUUGGCUUCCAAGCUUCCGAGCAGCAUGAUUCCAACUCGCUGGCUGAAAGUAACAGAUCUAUUUGGCAAGGGAAGCCCUAUGCCUUUGAACUCCUCAGGCAAGGUCGACCGACGGCUCAUAACAGCCCGGCUGCAAGAGUCUUCUGCGGCGGAGGCAGAAAUUUUGGACCCCAACGAGACUCUAUCCGAACCGGCAAAAGCUAUCAAAAUACAGAACAGCGAGCAGCCAGCAUUCGCGUUAGCUGGAAUGAUACACUCCAUGCUUCCUGCGAGACAGGGCAGUGGAGGAAGGUUGAACGACGACAGGAGCUUCGACGAUCUCGUGCUCCAGUCGUCUGGUCUCGACUCAUUAAACAUGAUGUCGCUCAUGUUCUUCAUAUCGAAGCAGUUCCAAGUCCAGGUUCCGAUGCAGUUUCUCAUGCACAAGGAUACUAGCAUUCGGAAAGUGGCGAGUUUUGUGUCGGAGGCGCAAAGCCAGAGUUCGAAACCCCCUGCACACACUGACACAACGUCCUCAUCGGACCGGGUUUCUGUCGACAUCAUGGCCGAAAUCCGUCGGCAUGAUGCUAAAAUUGCUUUCAUUCAGCAAGCCACCAGUGAGUCCGUGGAUGUUGAUGGGAGAAUUGAGCCAAACCCGAAGCAUCAGAUGACUGUGCUGCUCACGGGCGCCAGCGGUUACAUUGGCACUCAGAUCCUCCGUCAGCUACUGGAGCAUCGCCUUGUCGGUCGCGUCAUCUCCAUCGUGCGAGCGGAAUCGGACGCUGCGGCCAGAAAGCGUACCAUCGACUCAGCAGAGAAGGCCGACUGGUGGACAAAUUUCCAUGGUGAGAAGUUGGAAGUCUGGCCAGGUGAUCUGUCACUUCCGCAUCUGGGACUGGAUAAAACGCGCUGGGGCUAUCUGGAGAGCGGAGAGAUCGAUAUUAUCAUUCAUAACGGCGCUGCGGUUCACUGGUCGAAGAGCUUCUCGGCAUUGGAAGCAGCCAAUGUCAGCUCAACGAUGGAGCUCCUCGCCGUCGCGGUGGCCUCGAAGCAUGUGAGGUUCGCCUACAUUUCCGGCGGCCGCGAGAGGGGUCCAUCAGAAGAGCUGGAAGAGGAUGUGGCAAGAGAAUUAUCUGCGCCCGAUGCAGUCGGAUACAGCCAGACCAAGUUUGUGUCCGAGGCGGUCGUUCGGAGGGCUGCGCAGCGUUGCGCCUCUUUCCCUGGGCCAAACCGGUUCUCCAUUGUAAUCCCAGGCCUCGUAAUCGGAACUCCAACCGAAGGGGUGGCAAAUAUUGACGACUACAUCUGGCGCCUGGCGGCAACGUGCAUCCGGGUUGGGGCGUACAACGCCAGCCAGGCAGAUGCCUGGGUCUGUCUAUCCGACGCGACGACCAUGGCAGCAACAAUAAUCGGCGCCGUUUUCGACAAGAGAAGCCAGAAGGGGCCGGCCGGCAUAGUGACGGAAGUGACGGAUGGGAUGACAUGGGGUGAACUCUGGGCCAUCCUUGAACGGAUGGGCUACCGGCUCGAGGGCCGAGACGCACAAGACUGGCUCGCUGCUGUCCGUGGUGACCUGGACAUUUCCAGGGAAUCGCAUCCCUUGUGGCCACUGGCACACAUGCUGGACAACCAGGAAGCGCAGGAUGAGGAGCAAGGAACUGAAAGCGAGAGGCGCGAGACGCCACUGAAGCUGAGGGUCGCCGUCGUGAAAAGCGCCGAGUUCUUAGCCAAGGUCGGCUUUCUCCCGGGGCCAGGAAAUGUCGCCACGGGAGCAGGGAUGAUGACGAUGGGCGGUGGCUUUAGAAGAUCAGGAUUGUAA